UUUGAAAGGAAAUUUUCUGGCAGCGCAACGCCAGACACAAGAUGUUUUGGUCAUCGUUUCAGUUCAGGUCAUGGGUAGUCACUGACUUUUCUGCCAUCCAGGAGUAACCUGGUGCUGAUUCUGUGCAAACAUUCCUAAAUGCAAUAUAAGACAGAAAGUACAAACUGCUAUCCUAUGAGAAAAGUGUGUUGUCGCCUCUUAACACUUCGGUAUCACUUAGGUGUUUCCUGGGAACCAGGAAGCCUAUGUGACACAAACAAACACUUUUUCCCCACCCUUGAUUGCACGGUUCAUUCGGCUCCACCCUGUGCAUUGGUACAACAUGGCCACGGUGCGCAUGGAGUAUUACGGCUGUGAGCUCGAUGGCUGCUCAGUCCCUCUCGGGAUGGAGAACGGCCUGAUCGAGGAUCGUCGCAUUUCGGCAAGCUCUGUGAACUCCAACUGGUAUUUCGGAGCCUGGAGUCCCUUUUUUGCUCGCCUUAACAAACAAGGAGCUGUCAACGCAUGGCAAGCAAAGUACAGAGACAUGAAGCAGUGGCUUCAGGUGGAGCUGCCGGAUGUCAUGAAGAUAACGGGUAUUGUCACUCAAGGAGCCAAGUCACUGGGGAAAGAAAUGUAUGUCACCACAUACACUCUAAAGUACAGUGACAAUGGCAUCCACUGGCGCGACUACGCAGAGGAUGAGGACCGACCAGCUAAAAUCUUCUUUGGGAACACUGACAACAACGAACAUGUCAAGAAUUUCAUCUACCCUCCCAUUUUUUCACGCUUCAUCCGAAUCAUCCCCAGAACCUGGAUGGGCUCCAUCACACUGCGGGUAGAGCUGUUGGGCUGCAACUUUGAAUGACAUCGAUCAUCAUGCGCAGCACACUGCCAUAUGAAUCAAAAGAUUCUACAUUUCCAACGACAACAAGUCUGAGUUUUGAUUGAGUCUAUCAGAUUAUUUUGCUCCCAUACCUUAAUAUAGUCAGCAAACAUGAAGAACAGCUCUGCGUACGAUGUGGUGAAAUGUUACACAACUGCAAACUACAUCUACAAAAAUAUUAUAAAUGAAUAUUUUGCAGUCGAUCCAUCCAUAUUGUUAAAAAA